CUGGAAUCAUUUAUGCAUUGCAGUUUCUCUUUCUUGUUUUCGCUCCUUCUUCCCUGGGAUAUUCUGAGUGGAUUGUGGCUAUUAAUCAAGAUCUCGUGCUAGCCGUGGUUUGCUUGUCGUUUUCGCUCAGGAUUAACAUCAUUCAAGGAAAACGCAAAGCUGCUUUUUUUCCUCCACUCUUUUUUGAAAAAUCAUUUUUGGGGGCUGCUGAAGAGAGCUAGGACCCAGGAGACACCUUCCCAAACAGCAGGGGUUGUGUGCUUUCACAUAGCAGUACUGUACAAGGAAAACCCCGUCGGAUCUGUUAUUGCGGGAUACUUGUGAAAUAUACAUAGGAUUCUUUCUUAUGGCUGCAUCCCGGAUCUGGAAAUUUUACUUGGGGACCAAGAGAAUCUGAAAGGCUACAUGUAUACAGAAGAUUUGCAAGCAAGACUCCGAUUCUUGUCAUAGAGCUCACAGACUUCCUCACUUACCGGCCUUUUUCCUUCCUUCUUUUUAAAAAAUUUCUUCCCUCUUUUUCUGCCCUCUCCUCUCUUAGUCUCUCCUUUUCUAUCUGCCUCUUCCUUUUUUCUCCUAGUUUUCUUUUUUUCUUUUUUCCCUGCUCUGCACCUGGAUUGUAUCUUCACCAAACAAUCGGGCACUUUGAGAACUAACUGGAGGCAGUCUUGCAGGGAAGAGCUGUAUGGAAUUAUCUGCUUUUAUGGUGAACUUGGCAUUUGUGAAUGGGUAUCUUGUUCACGAUAUUAAUUGCUAGCAAAAAUAAGAAAAAGAACACAGGAGUAAAACGUGGAUUUUUCUGAAUACGCAUUGUGAUGACCAGCAAUUACCUUACCGACUGAUAUCCAGAGAAGAAUAAUUUGGAAGACUCUUGUGGACACUGAAAAAUAACCAGAAGAGGAAGGAACUGAGGAGGGAACAGCCUUUAAGAGCUGGAAGAUGAAAGCUCCGAUUCCGCACUUGAUUCUCUUAUAUGCUACUUUUACUCAGAGUUUGAAGGUUGUGACCAAAAGAGGUUCUGCUGAUGGAUGCACAGAUUGGUCUGUCGAUAUAAAGAAAUAUCAAGUUUUGGUGGGAGAGCCUGUUCGAAUCAAAUGUGCACUCUUCUAUGGUUAUAUCCGAGCCAAUUACUCCCUAGCCCAAAGUGCUGGACUCAGUUUGAUGUGGUACAAAAGCUCUGGCCCCGGAGACUUUGAAGAGCCAAUAGCCUUUGAUGGAAGCAGAAUGAGCAAGGAAGAGGACUCCAUUUGGUUCCGGCCAACAUUACUGCAGGACAGUGGUCUUUACGCCUGUGUCAUCAGAAACUCCACUUACUGUAUGAAAGUAUCCAUCUCACUGACAGUGGGUGAAAAUGACACUGGACUCUGCUACAAUUCCAAGAUGAAGUACUUUGAUAAAGCUGAACUUAGCAAAAGCAAGGAAAUUUCAUGCCGUGACAUAGAAGAUUUUUUACUACCAACCAGGGAACCUGAAAUCCUAUGGUAUAAGGAAUGUAGAACAAAAACAUGGAGGCCAAGUAUUGUAUUCAAAAGAGAUACCCUGCUUAUAAGAGAAGUCAGAGAAGAUGACAUUGGAAAUUACACGUGUGAACUAAAAUAUGGAGGCUUCGUUGUGAGAAGAACCACUGAAUUAACUGUUACAGCCCCUCUGACUGAUAAACCACCCAAGCUUUUGUAUCCUGUGGAAAGUAAACUGACGAUUCAAGAGAUCCAGCUGGGUGAUUCAGCUAAUCUAACCUGCAGAGCUUUCUUUGGGUACAGUGGAGAUGUCAGCCCUUUAAUUUACUGGAUGAAAGGAGAAAAGUUUAUUGAAGAUCUGGAUGAAAAUCGAGUUUGGGAAAGUGACAUUAGAAUCCUCAAGGAGCAUCUUGGGGAACAGGAAGUCUCCAUCUCAUUAAUUGUGGACUCUGUAGAAGAAGCUGACUUGGGAAAUUACUCCUGUUAUGUUGAAAAUGGAAAUGGACGUAGGCAUGCCAGUGUUCUCCUUCACAAACGUGAGCUGAUGUAUACAGUUGAACUUGCUGGAGGGCUUGGUGCUAUCCUGCUGCUGCUUGUUUGUUUGGUGACCAUCUACAAGUGUUACAAGAUAGAAAUCAUGCUCUUCUACAGGAAUCAUUUUGGGGCUGAGGAGCUGGAUGGAGAUAAUAAAGAUUAUGAUGCAUAUUUAUCAUACACCAAAGUGGAUCCUGACCAGUGGAAUCAAGAGACUGGGGAAGAAGAACGCUUUGCUCUUGAAAUCCUACCUGAUAUGCUUGAAAAGCAUUAUGGAUAUAAGUUGUUUAUACCAGAUAGAGAUUUAAUCCCAACUGGAACAUACAUUGAAGAUGUGGCAAGGUGUGUAGAUCAAAGCAAGCGGCUAAUUAUUGUCAUGACCCCAAAUUACGUAGUCAGAAGGGGCUGGAGCAUCUUUGAGCUGGAGACCAGACUUCGAAACAUGCUUGUGACUGGAGAAAUUAAAGUAAUACUAAUUGAGUGCAGUGAACUACGAGGAAUUAUGAACUACCAGGAGGUGGAGGCCCUCAAGCACACCAUCAAGCUCCUGACCGUUAUUAAAUGGCAUGGACCAAAAUGCAACAAGUUGAACUCUAAGUUCUGGAAACGUUUACAAUAUGAAAUGCCUUUUAAGAGGAUAGAACCCAUUACACAUGAGCAGGCUUUAGAUGUUAGUGAGCAGGGGCCUUUUGGGGAGCUGCAGACUGUCUCAGCCAUUUCCAUGGCUGCGGCCACCUCCACAGCUCUAGCCACUGCCCAUCCAGAUCUCCGUUCCACCUUUCACAACACGUACCAUUCACAGAUGCGUCAGAAACACUACUACCGAAGCUAUGAGUACGACGUACCUCCUACCGGCACCCUGCCUCUUACCUCCAUAGGAAAUCAGCAUACCUACUGUAACAUCCCUAUGACACUCAUCAACGGGCAGCGGCCACAGACAAAAUCGAGCAGGGAGCAGAAUCCAGAUGAGGCCCACACAAACAGUGCCAUCCUGCCGCUGUUGCCAAGGGAGACCAGUAUAUCCAGUGUGAUUUGGUGACAGAAAAGCAAGGGACGUCCAGUCCCUGGGAGUUUGCGUGGAGUCUGCAGUCCAGUGCCUGGAACUAAAUCCUCGACUGCUGCUGUUAAAAACAUGCAUUACAAUCUCUAGAACACGAGGAGAAACAGGGUCUUGUACAUAUGUUUUUUGCA